GAACCCCAACAUCAAUUGCGGUUGAUCCACCAUACCAACUGAUCUGAAACUCCAAUUGAAGCUCAAUAACAUGAAGAACUACACAGCUGAUAUCUUCCUACACACCAAAACCGGCCUCGGCGAAGGUAUCUUCUACCGUCACGCCGACGACACCCUCCACUUCCUUGACAUCAAGAACAAACUCAUCUACCGCGUCUCCGCCGCCGAAGGCGAGAAAUCCCUUCGGUACAUGACGUUGCAGGAUAAUGUUGGGGUGUUUGGGGAGAUCGAGGGGGAGGAUGGGGUGUAUAUUGUGGGUGCGAAGAGUGGAGUUGCGAAGGUUGAUGAGGAGACGGGCAAGAUGGAGUAUUUGGCGAGGUAUUAUGAGGAGGGGAGUGAGGAUGCGGAGAAGCUUCGAUCUAAUGACGGCUGCAUCGACCCCGCUGGACGACUGUUUGUGGGUACCAUGGCUGACUUUCCGUAUGAGGAGGAAUCACCCAAAGGCCAUUUCUUCCGGUAUGACCCGACGACAAAGGCAUUGACCAAAGUUUUCGCACCCGUACAGAUCCCGAACGGGAUGGGAUUUAGUCCGGAUAUGAAGACGUUUUACUUCACGGAAAGUCCCGAGAAGGCCAUCUACGAAUUCGACUAUGAUUCCGCGACGGGUGAGGUCUCCAACAAGCGGGUAUUCGUCAAAAUCGAUGAAGGUGAUGACAUCGUCCCUGACGGUGCAUGCAUCGAUACCGAUGGCAAUGUCUGGUCUGCACUCCAUGGUGGCGCGAAGGUCGUGUGUCAUUCGCCUGGAGGCGUACGCAUCGCGGAAGUCUCUACGCCGGCAAAGUUCCCCACGUGUCCAUGCUUCGGUGGGAAGGGGAUGGAUACGCUGUUUAUCACGAGUGCGGAUGAGGCAUUGGAGACGGAGGAGGAGAAGAAGCAGUUUGGGGAGGGGAGUGGGAGUGUGAUGAGGUGUAAGGUCGCGGCGAAGGGGUUGAGUAAGUUUAAGUUUGCGACGAAGAAGGAGGCGACGUCGUAGGGCGAGUUUGGAGAGGGAGCAAUUGCAAAAGGACGAGAUGAAU